CAGCUUUUACUUUCAAAAAUAUAAACCCAUUUUGUUUGCCAACAUGGUUAAUAGGACUUAUUGUAUUUACGAUAGCUUUUUGAACGUCUAAAAUUUGCUAAUUUUCGCCAAAGUGUAUUUUUUACGCUGCAAAAAACUUGUAAUCUGGAUGUUGAUGGUUCAGUAGAUAUAACUCAAGAGAAAAAGAAUUAAAAAGUGAGUUAUCACAAAGACAGAAGACGCCAACAUGAAUAAAUACGUUAACCUUUCAGCACUAAGUUUGUUCAUCCUUGCUGUGUACUUCGUCUCACCAGGUUACGCUGCCACUGCUAAAAUGGAGUGUUAUACUUCGUAUAAUGGUACGGAAGCCGGUAACAAGUUCAAGGUUUGUUCAAUGGCAAAUUAUUCGUGCGCUACAACGAUGACGUACAAGAAUGACACCUUAUCCAGUGUAAUGAGAUCGUGCACUGGUGUAGAUAGUGACUGUCCAAAAGAUAAGGCAGUCGAUUGUAAAACAGAAGGUGAUACAACGACAUGCAAUGCAUGUUGUGGCACAAGUAAAUGCAACACAAAGAUGGAUUUAAAGAAUGAUGUAACCUCCGGUGGAGUGCAACUUGCUGGUAUUUAUGCAGUAAUGCUCUCCUUAUGCUAUCUACCAAUCACUUUCCUCUUGUACUAAUCACGGAUUUGUAUUUAUGUAUAUAUGAUUGAGUUUGGUGGUGACAAAAACAAGCACUGUCAAGAAAUGUUGACGACAGACAAUGGAAAAGUUUUUUUUUUAAAUUGUCAUUUAUUUGUAAAUUUUAUGAGAUAAUGUGUACUGUAUAUAAAAACGUAGGUUAUUCAUCUCAAUGUAUCAUUCUUUAACUUUUUCAAAAAAAAAAAAAAUACGUCACGCCCUCUACAAACAGUUUAGCUCCAUUGGUUGAUCUGAUAGAGAGAGAGACGUGACUGUAAUUCAAUAAAGAAAAAACUCUUCAAAAAAUUAAAAGCCAGAAAAAAAUUUCAUUCAAUUCAUCUGAUUAAUUUUUAAUUUCAUUGAAACAACUUAGAUUAUGUGUUGACUCGAAAAAGCCAGAAGGUCACGAUUGUAAGCCUAGGCACAUUAGUAUUUGCAAAUUUUUUUCGCACACCAGUUUGAAACUUAAAAUAUAAAUAAAUAUGUAAAAUAAGUUAGAAUUUUAUGUAUGAUUAAUUUGUAAUUACGAAAUAUAUUAGGAAUGAUUCCUUCAUUCAGUAA